AUGCAAUUAACCCAAAAAUCCGCUGCACACAGAAUCGCACAUCCCCUUUCUGAUCGCCUCAACCACGGCUUCCGUUACGGGGCGUUCCAGAAACAGCAGUAUGUAACGCGGCAAUAUGAAAUAGGCAACAUGGACAUGGGAAAAAGUGAAUUAUUCGCCGAUGCAGCAGCAGUGUGGAAAAUGUUGGAUGAAAUGGCGGUGAAUGAUCCAGUUGGAUAUAGGGCAUUUAUAGAGAAGAAUCUCAAAGAAGGACGAAAGACGGCCUCUCCUCCAUCGGUAAAAUUCGUAAUCAAAGCGAAAAUGAAAGAAGCCAAACGACUGCUGAUUGUAAACUACUGCGAAUGGGCAGCCGUCCCAGACUCCAAAUCAGAAACCAGCCCCAUUAUUGUCAAGUGUGGCGACACCUUCCCGUUGGGAGAGGACACAGGUAUCGCAAUGGCCUUCAAUCCACAUAUCUUCACACAGCAUGAUUUUCCCGCCGACCUGGACGGCAGCAGUUCCUCCACCUUACCACAGGCCAAAACAAGACGAGAGGAGGACAGUCGAUACCAACUGAUUUGGUUAGGCUUACACUACUUGGAAAUGGAAAAGAAAAUGCCCACUAUCGAGUCCAAUAGCGUUAUUUGCUCUUCCGCUCCACUUCGUCCGAAGAUCCUCCGUCCCGUCGACAGGUACGGAACCAAAGAACAAAUCCUCAACUCGCUUGGUUACUUUAAUCAUCUCUUGAGGAGUGAACAGAAGCGUGCAAAACAGGACUUUAUGGAUCCGGUGGGAGAAGCCGUGCAACAGAUUCUGCACAACGCUAGUGAGAGUGGAGUAGGCCACGAAAAUGUGACCGAAUCGGAAGAGUUAGACGAACUGUAUUUUUCCGAGAGUCAGCCGUUCAAACUGCCUCAUCAGCACACCGCAGCGGAUGCAACAACAACUGCCCGAAAGAAAUCGAACGUCAAACUUAUCGAGGAAAUCGAUGAAGCUUGUUCGAGUGAGGUAAAGCACAAAAUUUCCUGGCAUGCUGAAAUUAUCACGGCAAUACAAAAGGAGACGUCAAAAAGUCAUGCAAAUAGACUGAAGCUCACGUUUGAACUUCCUGGGAUAACUUCAAGUGAACAAUGUGAUUUGGACUUGACGGAGGAAAAACUCCUUUUGACCAUACUGGAUAGCAGAUUAAUAACCUAUCAACCGCUGGAGGUUGAAUUGCCGUGCAAAAUCAAUUACGAGAAGGCAGAAGCUAAAUUUAAUCCCAAACGUGAAAAGCUUCAGGUAAUCGCUCCCAUCCUACCAUCUGCACCUACAACAGAUUAACUCUGGAAGACUACCAAAGAACUUUGAAGCUUUCGACUCCCUCAUUCCAAUAACCGCGUUGUUUUACUGACCUUCCACAAUCUCAAUGCAAUAUGAAAACAGUUU